GCACAGGAAUAUUCCUGUGCCACAUUUUUCAAUAGCUCUGUAUUUUCCUCAGAAUUCCAGCAUCAGACAGAUUUCUCCUGUGGCUCCUGGAUUAUGGAGAAGAUGGAGAACCAACCUGGAAGUCAGCAGGUCCUCUGGAAGGAUGUUGAGGAAGUGAGGGAGAAGAAGAGCAGGUACCAAACCUACCAGAAGGUGGCUCUGGCUCUUACCCUGACCUUCCUGGUUCUGGCUCUGUCUGCCCUCAGCUUGACGUUUUUGUGGAGUCCAACUGUGGGAAAAGUGUACGAGCAUCCAUACAAAGCCAUACUGGAUGGAGUUGAGACCGAGGGUCUGCUGGAGAUCGAUCCAGAUAAGCACGUGGAGAUUUUCAGAAUGGGAAACGGCAGCACCGAAGUUCUGGAGAUUCAUGACUUCAAACAUGGAUUGACUGGGAUCCGCUUUGCUGAACAUCAGAGAUGUUACAUCAGGACUCAGAGCAGGAACCUGCCCUCAGAGACGGAGCUGAGAGCUGAGGACACACAGGCAACUAAGACAGAUGAGACAGAUGACCUCAAGGUGGAGGACUCUCAGGUGUGGGUUCCCGCAGAGGAACCUGUGGUUAACCUGGACUUCCUUCAGGAUUCAAAGAUCUGGGAGAUCUGCCAAAACAUGCCGAUCCAUUGGAUUCAUCCUUCUCCUCUGAGUGACGCAGAGAUGUCAAACGUAGACUCACCCGACACGGAGGUCGCAGGUCAACGUUUCGCCCGUGAUGUCCGGAAUCAUCCUGCUGUCAGCGACUACAGGGAUGUGGGAAUCGAGCUGGACAACCGUCUGGACGAGCGCGGUUACUGCUGCCAGUACUGUCAACGCGGCUAUCGCUACUGCCGCCGUUACUACGAGCCUCUGGGAGGAUUCAACCCGUGGCCGUACUACUACCAGGGAGGGAGGGUCAUCUGUCAGAUCGUCAUGCCGUGCAACUGGUGGAUCGCCAGGAUGCUGGGACGGGUCUGAGGAACAUUUGAGGAACAUCUGAAAGUUGGGCUGAGGAGGUCGAGUCUGGUUAUGUGUGUCUAUUUUUCAAACGGUGAAUAAUACAACGCCUUUGAUAGAAAGAAGAAAAAAAAAAAAAAAAAAAAAGAGUCACUAGCCUC